UGUUGUGUUGGCAGCAGCGAUGUGCAGAGAAUGUGCAUGCAUCCGCCCAUCUCCGAGGCUGCGCGCUGUCGAGGUGUCUCCUCGCCCCUGCGAGCGAGCCUACAAGAGGAGCGAUGGCCCGCAGCUGGGGCUCAGGAGUGCUGCCGCCGUGGCGGGUGUGCGCCUCGGCGCCGCUCUGGGCCUUGAGCGCUGAGCCGCACCGCAUCUGGCUCCUGUUGAGGGCUCAGAGAUGGGCCGGCGUCCUCCUCCCACAGUCCUACCUCAUCGACGGGGUGUUGCGGGCUUGGGCAUGUUGCGGCCUCCUCCCGCCGGACGCUACCGGGCGUGUGCCGCCUCGUCGCAAGCCCCCUGAGCGCGCGCCGGUGCCAGCGCGCAGAUCCGUAACGUCGCACACCCUUGACACACAGAUGCUGCCACUGGCCUAUCUGUAGGCGCUGGACUGCGCCUGCCUGUGUGCAGCAGCUCACGGCGCCUCGCUCGCCUGACAGCUGCCGGCCUCGCUGCUGUGCGGCUGCUGCGGUGGGCCGCACGACG